GGAUGGUUCGAUCCGACUGGUGUGGACCUCUAAAUUUCGGAGCCACGUGUUUGUUUCAUUGCUCUUGCUUUUAGAACACUAGCCCACACCCGUUGUGCCUUCGGCACAUGUCUACAUAUUAUUUAUUUGUAUUGAAUCUUACAUUUACAAAUACUAUAUACUUUAUUUUAGUUCUGAGGACAGAGGACACGGGAGAAUUUUUUGGGAAGGGCAAGAGUCAACAGCAAGACACAAACAGUGAGACUGAAGUUUACCUGGGACACUGGCUUGCAAUCCUGUGGCCUCAUACCUCGGCCAGUGGGAUGCAAGCCAGUGUCCCAGGUAAACUUCAGUCUCACUGUUUGUGUCUUGCUGUUGACUCUUGCCCUUCCCAAAAAAUUCUCCCGUGUCUCUGUCCUAUUUUCUGCUUUCCUAUCUCCCGUUCUCCCGUUCUCCUGUUCUCCCAUUCUCCUGUUCUCCCAUUCUCCUGUUCUCCCAUUCUCCUGUUCUCCCAUUCUCCCAUCCUCCUGUCCUCCUCCUCCCAUUUCUCCAUUCUCCACCUUCCCAUUCCCAUGUUUACCCAU